AUGAGCUUGGACCGGGCGCCGAGCAAACGCUGGGUUACAGACUUGCCGCAGUAUGAUGAGGACGACUACGAUGACUAUGCAGAGACGGAAGGUCUGCCUGUGCCACAAGAGCCUGUAGUGGGGCCACCGCCCGCUGUCUCUUUGCCUGCUGUCGCAGCGUUGCCCGUCGAGUCUCGAGCUGUUUCACGAACUUCUGUGGAGUCGGACCCGGCAGUGGGUCCGAGCUGCCUGUCUACUGCUGCAGUAGUGCCCGUUAUACCGCUCAACCCCGAAUCAUCUCCCAUGGACUCAGCGCCGACGACCAUCCGUACGCAGGCGCCACCUCCCUCCCAAGAGCUCGAUGACUUGAGUAGCUUUGCUCAUGUCAUGGAUUUUGCCGAUGCCCCAGACUUCUCUCUGCAUGAUGUUGAAGAGAACGCCAAGGAAACCCGCGCCGGAGACUUGGUUGUGUCCUUCGAGGACGAGGGAGUUAAGGGAGUUAAGGAGACCAAAGAAGGAGCGAUGCGCACGCCCUCGAUACUGCUGGCCACCAAUACUUGGGCUCAGCGGAAGCAGAUGCUCAAAGAUCUCAAAUUGAAGCAAGAACUGAAUGAGGAUGCUCCAGCAAAUUUUGAGACGCCUGGUGAAUGGAAGGUGUAUGACGAGACACCAGUGCUCAAUACUUUGGUGGAGGAAGAAGAGGAUGAGCGAACACCAAGUGCUGUGCGUGUAUCUCCGUCCAGACGCUCCAUUUCGAGAGAGGCUCCUAACUCGCGCCCACAAUCUAUUGCUGCUGAGGUGGCUCCCCCGCUCCUCAAGGCAGAUGAAGUCUCGCAAGAGUCUGAGUCCAAGAAUCUACCAAAAUUGCCUCUAUCGAUGAUCCAUAUGCCGACUCUGCUACCAGAAUCGCCUCUAUCGAUGAUCCAUAUGCCGACUCUGCCUGAUGUACGCAACACGAAAGAGCACGAAUUGCCAGCCCUUCCUGGCUCUUAUAAAGAUGCCUUACCCGACUUGCCAGAAAUGCGUCAGGAGCCAGAGCCCGUCCACGAUGGGCCCGUCUCAAUGCCUAAGCUUGCGCUUUCUACAGAUGAUCUUCGGACCGAGCGGAUCAUGGAGCUUGAUCCAGCACUCUCUGUCAACAAGCUCCGUGGAGGCCACUUGCCCGCACCCUCCCACACUGAGACAGAAGCGAGCCCAACAUUGUCUGCUUCAAGCCCGGCCGAAUCUCGGCAAACUGGCAAACGAAAAGCAUCACGGCCAAAGUCGUUCGUGCAAGAGACGGCUUUCCGACCACUGUCGCCGGUGCAACCCAUAUCUCGCUUUUCAGUGGAUUCGCCCGUAGACAACGACUACCGUUUCAGUAUGGGCGACUUCAAUCCAGCCAUCAUUUCCCCAGAAAGCGAAGCCUCUUCUAUCGAGGUGCGAGAGAGCGAUCGUCUUGCUCAGGAACUUCUCGACGAGCUGCAAAUUGGAUCCUCAGUGGCCGAGACGAAUGAAGCAUCUUUGCAAGAGCCCUCUAUGCAGGAAGAGGCAUUGCCACGCAACUCACGCAGCCUAGAUGAGUCACCGCGCGAGAUGGACGUGCCGCCGGUACAGACACUAGACAAUCUGCCUCGCCGGCCCCCGUCCACCAACCGAGCACGCAGCAGCUCAGGUUCACGCUUUCUAGAGGCCCUGGAAGCCCCUGCUAGGCUCGACGUCCAGCGAGCCAUGGAUAGCAAGACACUCGACUUACUCGAGCCACAAAACAGAAUUGUCGAGAUUCGACGGCGUAUACACAUUCUCAGCACCGCGCCGAGUGAGCUACAAGCCUAUCUACAAAUCAAGUCUCGAGAGCUGGCGACACAGCAUCGCGAGCUGCCGCUACCCGCAAAGCCAGCGACUCCGCCGCAGCCUCAGCGGUUUGAAAAAAGCAAAGAUGCGGCGCGGUCCGUGCUGAGUAGAGCGCGACGCGCGAAUUCCGUGCUAAAAAACCUCGGGCGGCGGACGGCAUCAGGACUACAGCGUAAUUCACAAGAGUUGUCGUAG